UCCGCUCCGUGACCCCCCCCCCCGCCCCCCCACUCCCACCACCACCCCCCCUCACACCUUCAGCUGCGGACCCGGAGUUCACUGCCAUCGCCGGGGGGGUUUGGGGUGAGCCGGUCACGCUCCCUCUUACAGCCCGCCACCACCUCCUCUCUGCACAGCGACGGGAGGUGAGAAGAGCGAGCUGCCGGUGGGACGACCCGCCGCCGGCUAUCGGCUAACCUAGCUGUCGGCUAGCGCUGAGCUAACCUAGCUAGCUAGCGAGCGAGCUAAGUCGUUAGCGCCCGGUCGAACUAACGAACCGGACGCCUGCCUGUCAGCCACGUUUAACCGUGACCGUUCUGUACACAACGGCCCGUCUUGUACGCGGUCGAUGUCACUUCGACGGUGGAAGUUUUAGUUAAGUUUUUGGCCAAGAUAAAAAAAUACUAAAGUGUCAAUUUUGACAGACUCACUAGGAAUGUUUUAUGUCCUUUAAAAUAAAAGCCCGACCGAACUCAUAUCUUCUUAAAAAAGCAAAGCUGCAGAAGCGAAGCUAAUGUAAUUAUUAGCCUCAUUAAAAGUGUUGUGUCUCCGAAUAUUUCACAUAUGCCGAGAUUUUGCAUUAGCUCAGAAGCAGCCAGUUGAUUCUUUAUAAUGUAAAUAAUUUAGUAAAGCAACACUUUCGCUAUUAACAUUAAGUCAGUGUGUGCUGGUGAUUUUUAAUUGGUGUUUUAGUCAUCAGAGCUGUACAUAUAUGUUGUUACAACCAUUGCCAGAUUAAAGUGAGGUGAUUAUUACAAGUGUUAUAACCAUUACCAGAGAACAGUUAGACACGUAAAAAUCUGCCCUUUAAAUGCUUUUAUUGUGGUGGCCACAUUGCAACACUUCCGCGUUGUACACGUCAUCUACCUGCUAACUUACCGAGCUGAUGGGAGGCUGGUGCUCCCGGGAACCGAGCGGAGUUGACGCCGUUAGCCCAUCCGACGCAUCCUGCAGAGCGACUCAUCUGCGGUCGCGGUUUUUUGUUUAUUUGCGCGCGCGUGUGCGUUUGUUUGUUUGUUUUUGGCAGCAUGCGAACGGGGGGCGCUUAACCCCGCAGCCCACCCACCGCAGCGAGGCUCCCGUCCGACUCCGCAGAGGUCCGGCCGAGCUGAACCAUGCGACAGUGGUGCGUCCCCGCCGCGACCCCUCGCACCGAACCCCUCCCGGGGCGGCUGUCCGUCUCACCCCCUCCACCAGGUCGAGUAAACAAGGUCCAGGUUUAGUUUAAUGCUGUCGUGGUGUGGACACUGAGCAGAGAAGGGCCCGGCCCCCGGCCCCCGGCCCCCUGCACAGCACAGGCCGUGCAGAGGAUGCAUGUGACUGGCCCUGAUGUCAGAUGCCAGGAUGGAGUGCUGCGGGGUGGAGCCGCGCUACACCAUCGAACAGAUCGACCUCCUGCAGCGCCUGCGUCUCUCCGGCAUGACCAAGCCUCAGAUCAUCCACGCCCUGGAGUCCCUGGAGAGGCUGGACCCGGACCGCCGCCCGCCCCGCUGUGACUCUCAGCCCGCCCCGUCCAACAACGCCCCCACCCCCGCCGCCGCGGCUCCCGCCCCGUCCUCCUCCACGUCCUCCUCCUCCUCGCUCUCCCUGGCCUCCGCCACCACGCAGACCUCCGGCCUGGACGGCGCCGCGCUGUCCCCUAGCAACAGCUACGAGGCCUCUCCUCCGCCCCUCUACCCUCCCAGCGUGGCGGUUCAGCGGUCCUUCAGCUACGACAUGAUGGGGGAGGAGGAGUGGGACCUGGAGGAGAAGGUGGAGGAGUACAUGAGGAGAGACAGCAACAUGGUGAAGGAGGAGAUCAAGACGUUCCUCAACAACCGCAGGAUCUCUCAGGCCAUCGUGGGCCAAGUCACAGGCAUCAGCCAGAGUUACAUCUCCCAGUGGCUUCUGCAGCAGGGCCUGGAGAUGAGCGACUCCAAGCGCCGCGCCUUCUACCGCUGGUACCUGCUGGAGAGGAACAACCCGGGGCUGAGGUGGAGUGAAAGCCAGCACAGCGUGAGUCCCAGGGCCAGGGGAGGGGACAGAGACGGGACGGUGGCGGGGGCCAGCGGCUGCCUCCCCAACCCCAACACCAACCUCAACCCCAACCCAGUGUGGAGCAGGCAGAGAGAGCUGCUGAUGCACUUGCUGCCGUGGUACGCCGCGGCCGCCCAGGCCCAGCCAGGGGCCACCCUGUCGAUGCGCUCCCUGGUGAAGGAGGAGCCCGAUUGGAGGACGGGGAUCGUGGCGGGCGACCGCGUGGGGGCGGUGGGCGGCGGGCCUCUGAGGCUGCGGAGGGGGAGCCGGUUCACCUGGAGGAAGGAGUGCCAAUCCAUCAUGGAGAGUUUCUUCGUGGAGAACCAGUACCCGGACGAGGCGAAGCGGGAGGAGAUCGCCAACGCGUGUAACUCCGUCAUUCAGAAACCAGGCUGCAAGCUGUCUGAGUUCGAGCGCGUCACGGCGUUGAAGGUGUACAACUGGUUUGCCAACCGCCGGAAGGAGAUGAAGAGGAGGGCGAACAUCGAAGCCGCCAUUUUGGAAAGCCACGGAAUCGAGGUGCCGAGCCCGAGCUGCCACUCGAAUGGCGAGGAGGGAGAGAUGCACGAGUUUGCCGACCAGGUGAAUCAGCGAUUCUCAGAGCAGGAAGACGCCUCCUCCCACAGGAUUGUUGACCAACAAGACUAGUCGUCGUUGGCGACCACGGAGGAGGCCGCGGCCCCGCCGAGCCCCCCCCCUCAGGUCCUGGACCGGAAGGAGGAGCUCACCAAAAGGGACACAGUGGACGAGGAGUGACCGAAGCCGGUGGAGUUUGGAUCACAUUUGAAUUUCCACGAGAGGAAAUAGGAAAAGGUGUCUCCUCCUCCGCCCACGUAGAGACUUUCGAGACGAAUUGCACCCAAAGGUCAAAGGCAGACGGGUGCUGAAGCUCGCUGAGGUGCCUCUGAUAGUAAGGAGGCCACUGUAUUUAUCAACAGUAAUCCUGCUUAUAUUAAUGGCAAUAUACAGUAUAUAUAAAUAUAUAUAUAUAUCAAUAUAUAGUGCAUUCCAAGAUGGUAUUAAAGAGCCUAAAUUCCUUAGAGGGAGGAUUAUGUAAUGGAUACCUCGCCCGUUUUAAAGCUAAGCCUCUUCUUUGUGUCUUCGCUACAUGCCUUCCGUUAGCCUUUAAAAGGAGCGCUUGUUUUGAUGGACUGUGGUGACGUGAGUGUGCCAAGCCUGCAGGUCAGGUGCGUUUGGGUCCGUGAGACUCUCAACCUCAAUCGGCUGAUCAAUUUCAGUCGGUCGGGCCGGUCAAUCAACGCGUGCUGUUGCCACGGAGUCCGAAAAAGCCCUGAGGGACGUCUGGAAUCUCAGGUAACCCCCAAAAAGAACGGCGAACGGAUCGCCUCAACGCGCGUUGCUUUCUUCAUCUUCGUCUUCUGUCGUCUUAAAUGUGUUUAACCAAAACAGGACGUGUUAUUUAUACCUUUUGAUAUUAGCAAAAACGUGCGUGUGUGUGUGUGUGAGUGUGUGUGUGAGUGCGUGCACAUCGCAGUAUGCCGACCCGAUGCUGCAGCUUGGUCCUCUUUGGCGUCUUCCCUCAUUUGAAACCUCAACUGAAGCUCGACUCGAUCCGCGCCGCCGGCUCCGGGUUCCUCGUUUUCCUUUUGUUACGUUUGAAAAAACGCUGAAAACAACAAUGUGAUCAAAACCGACGCGUCGGCACCUUUGCCUCCUGUUGGAAUAAGCCUGUGUGUGUGUGUGUGUGUGUGUGUGCGCGCUAGAUGACCUCCUACAGACUCGAGCAGCUGCCUGUAACGCUGCAUAUUUCCCGCUCCCUUGAAGUUCAUGACGGACUACCACGUUACCUCGUAAAGCCAAAGCUUCGCCACAGCAGAGCAGAGCGAGCAGGAAGUGAGGCGGGCGGCGUGUUUGAUUUGCUCGGUGCCGCUGUAGCUUACCUCAGAAUGUCCCUCAGAGACGGGGACAGGGACGGUGUUAUGUAGCAUUUCCAACUCUCGUCCCGAGUCGCUUCUGAUUAUUACGCUUCUCUGCUUUUAUCUUGACAACCAGAAAUAAAAAAAAUAACAAUAAAAUUGUAAACGAG